AUGUUAGUUGGAAAAGCCCCAGAAGUGCAAUUUUUUUAUGUAGUAUCCGUAGACUUUGAAAAAGCUUUUGAGAGGGUUUACUAUGAGAAUUUCAUAGAGGUCCUGCAUCAGGUUGAUGCAGCUCAAUCAUAUAUCAGAAUCCUCAAUAACUUAUACUUCAACCAUGAAGCAGAAGUUCGAAUUGACAGAGAACUAAGAAGUUGGCCUGCGGUUAAGAGAGUUGUAAGACGAAGAUGUAUGCUUCCACUGACAUUAUAUAAUUUGAAUACAGAAUGGUUGAUGAGAGGAGUAAUUACUGCUACGGUUGUAACAAACUUAAGGGAAAUAUUAUCUGUAAUAAUUGGUUCUCUUGAUAUAACGCUUAUGGAUGAAUCCGAGGGAGAGAUACAGCAGUUACUUGAUAAUCUUGUUGAUAAAGAGAAAAAAUAUGGUCUCGGGAUAACUGCCAACAAAGUAAGACCAUUCUAA